CGUCACUUCCUGUUUAGGGUCCUGUGACAAAAUGCAAGUCGUAUGAUUCGUAUGAAAGUUCCUGCUGUAGGCUUCUCCUUAAUAACAGCACCGGGACACCAUUUUCACUGGAAGCCCACCUGUACGGUGACCUACACACCAUGCAUCUAUCAGCCACUGCUUACAGCCCCACACGCAGUUGAGCACCCCCUCAGCGGGAGUUCGAGUAUUCUCCCUCCAACACCAUGGAUCCUGGCCAGCAGACCAGCCCUCUUCCCCAGCCCAGUGCAGAAUACUUCUCAUGGGACUACCGCCUCCAGCUUAUCGGCCUGGGCUUUGCCUUCUAUGCAGUGGUAUUCUUCCUCUCCCACCUCCUGUCUGUGCCUCUGUCCCGUACCUACAACUCUCUGCUAGCUAAGGAGAAGGUUUUCUGGAACCUUGCUGUGACUCGGGCGGUAUUUGGCAUCCAGAGUACUGUAGCCGGACUCCGAGUCCUGACUGAGGACUCACUGUUAACCAGAGACAAAGUGAGGGGACAAGAAAACUGGUCAUGGUUCAAUGUCCUCACAGCCACAGGUUUCUUUGUGUUUGAGAAUGUAGCACUUCACACCUCCAAUGUGGUAUUUUGGUCAUUUGACCUCCCGCUGGCCACGCACCAUUUCUUCGCCCUGUCAGGAUUUGCAGGGGCAGUGGUGUGGGAUUCCAUGGGCCACUUCCUUCCGAUGGUUACGCUGCUGCUGGAGAUGAGCACGCCAUUCACAUGUAUAUCCUGGAUGCUACUGAAGGCUGGCUGGGCAUGUACGCUGUUUUGGAGAGCCAACCAGUGGGUGAUGAUCCACACGUUCCACUGUCGCAUGGUGCUCAGCUACUACAUGUGGUGGGUAGCCUUGACCAACUGGGGAGGGCUCACCACCCAUGUGGCCCUGCUCCCACUCCUGGUCUUCUUCACUGGCCUAACUCUGCUCACGUUUAUCCUCAACCCCAUCUGGACGCACAAGAAGACCAUGCAGCUGCUUAAUCCUGUGGACUGGAACUUUGGGAACAAGGCGACACCUGUCAAAACCCAUGCCAGUUGAGCGGUAUUUCCUAUGUGAAUGAUGCCAAACGUUUCCUUUAUUAUGUUUUUCAUAGUCGUGUGAUGUGACUUUUUAUUUUAAUUUUAUUUUUUACACAUUAGGGCACAGACAACUUUGCAACAAAACCCUAAAAGUUUAACCGUGACUGUCUGGUACUUUCUCUAUAAAGUUUGCUACAUUGUC